AUGAACUUGUCACAGUUUGGUAACGAGAGUGAUCAUGAAUUGUUAUACAAUUUGAUCAAACAAAUUCAACAAAAAGUUGAUUCAGAACAACAAGCAUCUGUUCUUAUUUACAACCUACUAACAUUUUUACCUCCACUCAUCUUAGCGUUUGGAAUUGUUGGAAAUAUUUUAUCGUUUAUUGUUCUCACUAAAUUUUCUAAAAAGUUUCCUAGUUACCAUUACUUGUAUGUCCUGGCAUCAUUAGACAUGGUGGUGUUAUUUACAGGACUGUUAAGAUUAUGGAUAAAACAAAUAACUGGGAAGGAUGUCGCGACAAGUGGAUUAGCUAAUAUCCAUUUCCUUUUUACCAUGGGUUUGCAACCAAACAGAUCAGGUGACCAUUCAACAUCAUGUGACCCACAUUUGAUUUACCUUCACUUUUAUCGAACUGUAUGGGCAUGGAUUGAUGCCAUAAUUUACUCGUGGAUUCCAUUUUGUGUCAUUGGUGUUACUAAUAUUAUUACUAUCAUCGGCCUUUUUACCGCACGAAAAACUAGAAAAUCCUUAAACGGUAAAGAGAUCAAAGUAUCUCAUCGGGAACAUUACAUGACUAUCAUGGUGCUUACCAUUUCAAUCUCCGUCCUAAUUAUGCUGGUUCCUGUCAAUACCAUUAUGAUAAUGCUGAUAUUUUGGAAAGAAACGAUUGGAUCAAAUCAAAAAUUAUAUAAUAUGCAAGUAGCAAAAACAAUCGGCGAACUAUUAAUGUAUACAAGUCAUUCGAUUAACUUUGUACUUUAUUACUGGGCCGGUUCGCAAUUUAGACGUCAAUUUGGAAAGGUAUUCUUUCCAAAGAAAAAAGAAAAAAAAGAUCGUAAAAUGUCUACUUUUGAACCUAGUAAAUCAGUACUGUCAAUCGAAGAUGAUCCAGGAGUAUAAGUUUUAUAAUAACCAUAUACAAUCAACAACUGUUUUAGUUGAGAUGGAUAAUAUUAAUAUCAAGUAUUGCAAAAUAUUGUAUCGAGUAGGUCGUCAUUUAUAACAAGCUUAAAGUUGCGGUUAAUAUUCUACCAAGGAUGAAAGCAACCAUAUUCUGGCAAAACAUUUUAUAUUUAUUGUAAAGUAAUACUUAUAAACUAACACGACCAUGUUGAAGAUCUGACGUUUGCAUCACAAUUUUGAAGCGCUUUUGCAGUAGAGCAAUCCAUCUGCAUCUUUAUGUUACGUUCGACGUGGAAUAUUAAUUCAUAUACCAAAAAUAUAU